AACUCAACUCAAAAUGGACAUAUGGUUUCUUUUUUACCUAAACUUGUUACCUUGAAUAUAUGGGGAUUUUAAUCAUGGUAUGGGUUAGGAUACUCUGGUUAUACUGAAUGCACAGGUCAUUCAACAAGGUUAAAAUAUCAAGCUACGAAGUAAUAACCAGGAGCAACAGGAUUUCUUGACAUGCAAUGAGCAGGUGAAAUUGCUGGACUCUGCACAUGCAACAUGGUUACAUUACAGAUAUUCCAUCUCCUAAUACUUAUCCCUAUCCCUGCCGGAACUCCUCUGGCAGGUGUGUAUUCAGCAACAUUCACGAUAAUAAACAAGUGCAGCUACACAGUUUGGCCGGGCAUUCUAUCUGGCGCAGGGACCUCACAGCUCUCCACCACAGGCUUCGCCCUCCAACCCGACGAAUCCAACACACUCGAUGUACCGACCUCGUGGUCAGGCCGUUUUUGGGGUCGAACACGUUGCGCUCAGGACCCCACCGGUAAAUUCUCAUGCGUCACGGGAGAUUGCGGUUCCUCCACAAUAGAAUGUGCCGGUAGUGGAGCGGCGCCUCCAGCCACCUUGGCCGAGUUCACGCUGAAUGGCGCCGGUGGGCUCGACUUCUACGACGUCAGCCUCGUGGACGGAUACAACCUCGCCAUGGCGGUUGUGCCCCAGGGUGGAACCGGAGGAAACUGUACAUCGACGGGGUGCGUGGCGGACCUGAACGGUGCGUGUCCGACGGAGCUGAAAGUGAUGAGCGGCGGUGAGGAGGGCGAGAGCGUGGCGUGCAAGAGCGCAUGCGGGGCGUUCGGGGACCCGCAGUACUGCUGCAGUGGAGACUACGGGACGCCAGCAACAUGCAAGCCUAGUUCUUACUCGGAGUUGUUCAAGGCUGCGUGCCCCCGCGCUUACAGCUACGCCUACGACGAUGGUACCAGCACCUUCACCUGCGCAUCUGCGAAUUAUGUAAUCACUUUCUGCCCUUCACCAUCCGCCAGUGUCAAGUCCACGAAUGGCGAAUUUCCAUCUGCUGUCGAAGUCUCAGCUGGCACACGUGAAGCAUCGGCAAGGUUCAUUGGCUGUUUCCUCGCAGUUAUGGCGGUUAUGGCAGCUGCUUGGACUCUGGCAGGACACUAAUCAAUUCUUUUCAGGCCCUACCUUGGAAUUAGUAAAGUUACCUUUGUGGCCAGACUGAACCUUCGGCGGGACCUGGUGUAGGGCCUGAAGUUUUGGCGGAGAGAGAGAGAGAGAGAGAGAGAGAGAGGGUUGCAAUUUUGGUACUAUGUGUUGGGGGGUUAAAAUUAGGAUGUGGCCCAAAGGUUGGUCCUCAUCGUUGGUCAGCUGCUGUUUUGUUUGGUCCGGUGUCUUUUCCCGACAUCGAGAACCCAACUUUCAGAUACAUGCAGAUGGAUGAUGGGGAGUUUUCAUUCGGAGGAAUGAUAGACCGAAAUUUUGUAUACAUAUUUUGUAUGGAAUUUUGUUUUUAUUUAUUUUUAUUUAA